CAAAAAGACACGCCCUCAUCGUGGUUACUCCAGGCUUGCAGUUUAACAGCCACAACACGAGCAGAUAAUGUUUCAAAUUCACCACAGCAUGACAUUUGUGCAGUUGUGAUGGCCUUAAACUGCAGCAGACUCGGCCGACUUAUCUUUGGAGUACACACUUCGACUGAGGCCUGCUCAAAACGGGCAGUUCAACAGUCGUGUGGGGGAUAUAGAGUGGGUCGAUGGUAUUGUAGUGUCACUCAUGAAGAGAAGAGACUGGAGCAGGGGUGUGUGUCAGACUCUACCGUCACACCUGCCACAUCUGCACAGGUCCAAGAGCUUGUGCUUCCAGGUGGUCGUAGGCAAGUCCUGAAGGAUGUCCUGCCAUUGUCAGCAUUCCUGACUGACACUUUUGGACGUAGGCAUAAUUACCUUCGCAUUUCCCUCACUGAGAAAUGUAACCUCCGCUGUCAGUACUGUAUGCCUGAGGAGGGGGUAAAGCUCACCCCUCGCUCCCAGCUCUUAACAGCAGAAGAGGUGCUGACGGUAGCCAGACUCUUUGUAAGAGAGGGGGUGACCAAGAUACGCUUGACUGGAGGAGAACCCUUCAUUCGCCCAGAUGUUUUACAUAUAAUUACAGAACUGAGGAAGUUGGAGGGUCUGAAGACCAUUGCAGUGACCACUAACGGCAUGAAUUUAGCCCGACUGUUGCCUGGUCUUAAGAAAGCUGGAGUGGAUCUUCUCAACAUCAGCCUGGACUCUCUAGUACCUACCAAAUUUGAGUUCAUUGUUAGACGCAAAGGGUUUCAUAAAGUGAUGGAAAGUAUUGAGAAGGCCAUUGAAAUGGGCUACAAUCCAGUCAAGGUGAACUGUGUGGUCAUGAGAGGUCUCAAUGAAGACGAGCUCCUGGAUUUUGUGGCACUGACAGAGAGGAAACCCUUGGAUGUGAGAUUCAUAGAGUACAUGCCUUUCGAUGGUAACAGAUGGAACUUCAAGAAGAUGGUGAGUUAUCAGGAGAUGUUGGACUGUAUAAAGCAGAAAUGGCCAAAUCUAGAGCCUGUGCCUGGUGAAGAAACGGACACGGCCAAGGCGUUUAGAGUACCUGGAUUUCAGGGCCAGCUGGGCUUCAUUACCUCCAUGUCAGACCAUUUCUGUGGCUCUUGCAACCGCCUGCGCAUCACGGCCGAUGGCAACCUCAAGGUGUGUUUGUUUGGGAACUCAGAGGUGUCUUUGAGGGAUUGUUUGCGCUCUGGUGCAUCUGAAGAAGAACUGUUAGACAUCAUUGGGGCAGCGGUGAGGAGGAAGAAGAAACAGCAUGCAGGGAUGUUCAAUAUAUCUCAGAUGAAGAACCGGCCGAUGAUCCUCAUUGGUGGGUGAUGCUUCUGUACGUAAUACACUUCCUACCUGACUCUCUUUUCACACCUUCUGUCCUUCUCUGGAUUAUUCACUCAGAUUAGAAGAAUAGUUCACCCAAAGAUAAAAAUUGUCACUUACUCAACUUCAUGUCAUUACAAACCUAUGUGAUUUUUCUGUCCUUAAUGGAACACAAAAGGCCAUAUUUUCAAGAAUGCUUCUUUUCCAUAUAAUGAAAGCUGAUCAGAGUCUGUCAAACUUCAAAAAGAACAAAACUGCACUGUAUAGUAGUGCACUACAUUCCAAGUAUUUUUAAGUAAUACAAUAUCGUUUUGGGUGAGGAACAGACCAAAAUUUAAAUUGUUAUUCACUGAAAAUCUUGCAAAACAUCUCUGAAAAGACCUGACUGAUGCAGAAUAACUGCGGGUUGAGGGAUAAAUUAGGUGUAUGCCUGGCUGAAGAGAUGUCUUUAGUCUAGACUUAAACUGAGAGUGUGUGUCUGAGUCCCAAAAAAGUGAGAAGUUAAUAAUAUUGAGAAGAGGUUCUUAGAUUACAGGAAACACCUCUUUCAGUGGCUUAGUUGGUAUAGGAUCUAGCAUCCAUGUUGUUGCUUUUGAUGUUUUAAUAAGUUUUCUUUGCUCUUCCUGACCUACUGUAUGACAGCGAAGGACUGAAGUUGCUCAUAGGGAAUACUAUGAGACACUGUCUUCUAAAGUGUUGUGGUAUACAGUUGAAUAAUUCCAAUUUUCUUUCUGCUGGUCUCAAAUUUAUGUAGUAAAUAAAUUCGUAAUGUUGUUAUUACUAUGUAGGGAUGGAAUAUCUAGUUCAGAAGAAACUUUGUUCCUUGUCAAUUUAGCCAUGGUACUGAAGAAAUACCUAGGAUUGUUAUAGUUAUUUUCUAUGAGUUUGCUAAAAUAUGCAGACCUGGCAGCUUAUAGAGCCUGUCUGUAGCUAGAGACACCAUCCUUCCAUGCACCGCGAAACACCUGCAAUUUUGUACUCUUCCAGUAGUGUUCCAUUUUCCAAGCUGCUUUCAUGAUUUUGAUCAUUGUACUGCAGUGCGAGCUUUUAUCUUUAACUUUCUUUAAUCGAAGGUGGCGACACUAUCUAGAGUGCAAGAGAAUGUUGUAUCCAUAUUUUCUGUGACUAGUAUAGUUAUUUUUAGUGGUUGAAAGAAUAGUUCUACCCGAUCGAUAACGAGUUGCCGAUUGAGUGACCUUAGCUAAGCGCAACAUGCAAGAGACUAAGAAAUUAUCUUGAGAUGUUAUCGCUCAGUGGAAGAAUUGCUAUAUUAUCAACAUUAACUCCAUAAAAACAUAAUAAAAUCAAGUGUAUGAUUAGGGGUGUGCGAUAUGACGAUAUUAGAUCAUGAAGGAUUAAAAUGUCUCCACGAGCUGCCUUUACAGAGAGAUUGUUAGUAUCGUACUACAGAGCACAUUCUAUCAGUUGCGCCCCCAUCCCAACAUGCAACGCGACGUACCUUCAAAUCCCCUAUUUAGCAACGUAGCGGCAUGGAAGACGGAGGAGGAGUUGGUCCCUAAAAAGAAUUCAACAUUGGUAAUAUGGAACUGGUUUGGAUUUUCCAAAACCGCCAGGCGCAAACCACAGUUAUUCGCAAAUGUUGCGAAGAUAAGAUUCGCACUUCGGAUGGCAACACGACAGACCUUUUUAACCACCUCAAAAGAAAGCACCCGAAAGAGUAUGCUGACAGUCAAACUGUGAGGGGAUCCCAUGAGUGCAUCGGCUACUGAAGCAGGCAUUUGAGAAAGGCACUCCGUAUGACAGGACAAGUAAGCGCUGGAAAGAGGUAACUGAUGCAGUGACAUUUUACCUGGCCAAGGAUAUGAUUUCCAUAAAACUGUGGAAAAUGAGGGCUUCAAAAUCUGCUCAAAAUAGUUGAUGAGAUACCCAGCUGCAAAUAUUUUUCCACCAUGGCCAUUCCACGGCUGUACUCCGAAUGCCGCAAAACAGAAUUGAACACAAAAUUAAAAACGUUCAGUUAUUUGCUACAACAGCUGAUUUAUGGUCAAGCUGCACUUCAGAACCUUAUCUGAGUCUGAACAUUCAUUUCAUUCAUGACUGGAAGCUGUGCAGUAUGUGUCUACAAACAACAUACUUCCCACAAGACCACAUGGGGGAGCUCAUAGCACAAGGCCUGAGGGAAGCGCUUGAAUGUUGGAGACUGAAAGAGGAGAAACUGCAUGACCAAAGACAGUGGGGCUAACAUGGUGAGAGCCUUGGACCUCAAAAGCUGGACUCAUCUGCAGUGCUUUGGGCACAGACUUCACCUAGCCAUUG